AUGUCGUCAAGUUCAUCAAUUAAUUUAGGUAGUAGUGUUAACAGUACUAGUAGUAGCAAUAAUAAUAAUAUUGAUGAAAAUACAAAUAAUAAUAAAUUGAUUGAAUAUAUAUGUGUGGUUGGAUUUCAUCAUCAAUUCGGUAAUCGAUUGGAACAUAUUUAUCCAGAGAUUUCAGAUGUGAAUAAGAGUCGAUUCGAAUGGAAUCUACUGCCGUUCUUAUCAUUGCCGGACGGUGUUCACAACUCACAAGAAGACUACUGCUUCUUCACACUGAAUGAAGUCAACCCAAUUGUACAGCCACCACGUAGACUCUACGGUCUCUCUCAAUUCAAACAGGUGAACAGACAAGAUCUACCACCUCAUGCACUCUCAGAGUCUGACACACGUCAAUCCGUACAGAAAUCAAUUUGUAUAUUAUCUUCAUUUCCAAUAUUCUAUACAUUUAAAACACAAUUAUCAGUUGCAAGUUAUUGUUAUUUCAAUCAAGGUGAUUUUAAUAAUAUUGAAUUAUUAAAGAAUUGGUAUAUACAACAGAAUGCAGAGUUUGAUACGAAAUGUCAAAAGUAUAUUCAGUCCACUAUGAAUGGAUCAACUACCACUGCUAGCGAUUCUUCUGGUUCAUCAUUAUCUAUGAAUUCAUCACUAUCUGGAUUUGAAAAUAUAAUAUUGUCAAAUUCCUCUGUUAUACCAAAGAUACCGAUUCCUUCUGAUUUCUUUUUAGGCUCACUCUCUUUGAAAAUGUUUAUCUCUCACUUUGCACCUCCACAAACUACUCACGCAAUUGUUGAUAUUCAAAGUUCAGAGAUUAUAUUUAGAGAUGAAUCAUUACAUAGAAUAAUGGAGUUGACAUCUUCCGAUAGAAGAUUUAUCGAUAAUAUUAUUAGUUGUGCUAGGGAUCAUCAAGGAAGUCAAUAUGUUGGUAGUGACCAGUGGAUUCGUGAUCAAUUCGAACAGUAUAUUCUUUAUUUGGUCGCUCACAUGGCUACUCUCUUAAAGAUAGAGGCUGGUAAGACAAUGAUCACCAAUCUCGAUACUGUACAGCAAUAUAACGAGUGGUGGAUAAGAUCAUGGGCAACCACCCGUAAUUUCAAUCUUUGGAGAAAUCAAUUGUUUAAAGUUAACCCAACACCUUCAAUACCAUCAAAAUACCCAAUUCAUCCAUCAGGACCACCCAGUGAUAUUUUAGAUAAUAUUCAAGAUAAACUUACAAAUUCAAUUAAAGAUUUGGAACCUUUGACAUCUGGAAUUUCAAAAGCAUUGUUUGGUGCAUCUUCUUUUCUUUUUUCAAGUGGACAAUCUAUUAUUAGUAAAGUAAUGGAUGAAGAUAUGACAUCACCAACACCACCAAAUACUUCAAGAUCUACUUGGAUACCAAUUACUUCUACAACAACAUCAACAACAACAACAACAACAACAACUUCAAAUAAUAAUAAUAAUAAUAAUAAUAAUAAUAAUAAUAAUACAACUGUAAAUAAAACAACAACAAAUAAUAAUAAUAAUAAUAGUAAUAUAGUGGAGGGAGAAGUAGAAGAAAUAAUGAAAGAUGGUUGGAGUAAAGUUCAAGAGAAUAGUUAUUAUGCUGCUUCUAAAGCAGCCAAUGCAAUGAAACCAUUGGUAUCAAGUGGAAAAGUUAUAGCAAAACAAUUAUCAUCAUCAUUGAUACAGAUUGUGGCACCGGAUCCAUCAGGUAAUCAAGAACAAUCAACAAACAAUAAUUCAUCUACAUCAUCAACAACAACAAAUUCAACUUCAAAUAAUAAUAGUAAUAGUAAUAGUACAAAGCCAACCUCAAGUGGUUUUGAUGAAAUUGAAGUAGAUUUGAAUUCACCCAACACAUUGACACAAAUAUUCCAACAGAAGCAGCAUGGUAAUAUCAUUGAAGACUCAUUUUCAAAGAUGGAAUUACUGGAGGAGAUUGACAGUGAAGACAUUUAUGAGUUAUAA